AUUUCCUUCCUCUGAAAUGUGAUGCAUGUGGGGAAGUCUUCUGUAAAGAUCACAUCCGUUACGAUGACCACAAGUGUAGCUCAGCCUACAAGAAAAAUGUGCAGGUUCCGGUGUGCCCACUCUGUAACGUGCCUGUCCCUGUACAGAAGGGGGAAAUACCAGAUAUUGUGGUUGGAGCCCACAUGGAUAAGGACUGCAAGUACAAUCCAGCACAGCAAAAGCAGAAGAUCUUCACAAACAAGUGCUUAAAGCCAGGCUGCAAAAGGAAAGAAAUGAUGAAGGUAGUUUGUGAACAGUGCGGUGGCAACUUCUGCAUAAAACAUCGGCAUCCUCUGGAUCACGACUGUAAAGGGAGCAGCCACCCCACCCCCAAGGCAGGAUACGCAGCUCUGAUGAGAGCCUCUCAAACUGCCUUCAAGUCAGCAGGAGCAAUUGGAGUGCCAUCUAAUGGGGGUCUUCAGCACAACAGGUAUGAGCUGGAGAAUGAGGAGAGACAAACAAGCUUGUUUAAAAAUAGUCUUAUGUCAACAUGGUGUAGGAGUGCCACUGUCACACCACUGGCUGCUCUGAAAUUG